AUGCCUGCAAGCAAGCUAAGGAAGGCCCUUGGUGCAGUAAAAGAUCAAACAAGCUUAAGUCUCGCCAAGGUAACAAAUGCAGCAAAUCUUGAAGUUGUCAUCCUCAAAGCCACCACGCAUGAUGAGAUUCCCAUUGAAGAUCGUUUCGUUAAUGAAAGUGGUCUCGUAUCAUCCAACAAGCUUUAUGCAGCAGCAUGUGCUCAAUCCAUUGGCAAACGCAUUGGUAAAACCAGAAACUGGGUUGUUGCGUUGAAAUCUCUCAUGAUCAUCCUCAGAAUCUUUCAAGAUGGUGAUCCUUAUUUCCCCAGAGAAGUCUUGCAUGCAAUGAAACGUGGCUCAAGAAUCCUAAAUCUCUCAGGAUUCAGAGACGAUUCGAGUUCGAGUCCAUGGGAAUACACUGCUUUUGUCAGAUUAAUGGCUUUGUACCUUGAUGAACGCUUGGAUUGCUUCUUAACAGGAAAGCUUCAAAGAAGAAUCACAUUCAAGAAUCAAAGUCCUUUCAAGAAUCAUCAUCACAAGAUGUUUAAUGAUACUGUGGGAAUCAAAGACAUGAAACCAGCAAUGUUGCUUGACAAGAUUACUUAUUGGCAACGCUUGUUGGAUAGAGCUAUAGGAACAAGACCAACUGGGGAAGCUAAAAAAAAUCGUUUAGUUCAAAUCUCUCUAUACGCUGUCGUUCAGGAGACUUUUGAUCUCUAUAGAGAUAUCUCUGAUGGGCUUGCUGUUAUUCUUGAUAGCUUCUUCAAAUUACCAUACAAGUCAUGUCUCUCUGCAUUUCAAGCUUGUGUGAAAUCUUGCAAGCAGUUUGAUGAGUUAGGUGAUUUUUAUUCAUUUUGCUUAAGCAUUAGGGUUGGUAGGAGCAGUGAGUAUCCUAAAGUUCAGAAGAUAUCAGAAGAACUCAUGGAAACAUUACAAGAGUUCUUAAGAGACCAAGCUACAACUAACACUAACAUUAAUGUCAGUGGUUAUAAUCAUCAUCAUCAUUCUAAAUCUUCUUCUUCUUCUUCUGCUUCACAAUACUUACCACUCUCAAAACACUUGCUGGUUUCUGCAUUAAGGGAAAGUCCAGGUAUUCAUUAUGAGAGAUAUGGGACACCAGAGCGUUACUUUGAGACAGAAUCUGAACAUGGAUCAUCUCAUUGCACAUCAUUAGAGGAUUUAAUGAUUGCUACCGAUGCUGGAACGUUGACACCAAGGAGGUUUGAGAUAGAUUAUGCUUGGUCUUGUUUAGACCUUGUGAGUCUUGAUGAGGUGCAAAACGAAGGAGAAAAAGAAAAGCGAGCAAAUAAUAAUUCAUCCCAAGAUUGUUGGGAGCUAGUUUUGGCAGAGACAACAAGUACUACAACAGAGAAAGAGAAGUUUGAUCAACCUAAUUCAGUCCCACAUCAUCACUACAAUCCUUUUCUGGAACUUGAUGAUGCAACUGUUUCUCCUUGUAUCACUACUACAGAUCAACGACAGACAAAUUUGACAUCAAUUUUUGGUGACUUGAAUUUGAACACUACUUCAUGUGCAAUGCCAACAAGCUUUAGUUCACAAGAUCUUGCAGAGAAUAAUAACAUGGCUUUGGUACCAGCUUUUCAAGAAAAAAAUAAUCUUCCUCCUGAGAUGAAUAAUUCUGCUUCAUUGUUUCAAUCUCAAGGUUCAUUUAAGAUUGGUUCAACGUCACCUUUUGAGGGAUAUAAUUCAUAUCAAAUGAGUGCAACACAAACAUUGAAUUCUCAUGAUUCUUCAUCUCUGACAAGCAUUAAUGCAUCAACUUUUACUUCUCAAGGUUCUUUCAAGACUGAUUCAGCAUCAUCAUCAACUGCUUCUUCUCAAGGCUAUGAGUUAUAUCAAACAAGCAUGGCACCAACUUUUAAUUCACAAUGUUCAUUUAAGAUUAGUUCAACAUAUCAGACGAGUACAAGACCAACUUUCAAUUCUCAAAGUUCAUUCAAGUUUGGUUCAUCAACAUCAACUUCUCAAAGCCAUGAUUCAUAUCAAACCAGUGCAGAACCAACAAUUGCUUCUCAAAGUUCAUUCAAGCUUAGUUCAACAUCACCUUAUGGCACAGAACCAACCUUCAACUCUCACAGUUCCUUCAAGAGUAAUAGUUCAGCAUCAAGUUUUCAUGACCACGAUUCAUAUCAAACGAGUACGACACCACCGUUGAAUUCUCAGAAUUCCUUUAAGAUCAGUUCAGAAUCCACUUCUCAAAGUCACGAGUCUUAUCAUUCAAGCAUUGCACCUACCUUUUAUGGCCAUAAUUCACAUCAAACAAGCUUGGAGUCAACUUUUCAAGGUCAUAAUUCCUAUCAGGCAAGCAUUGAACAAUCUUUCCAAAGAUAUACUUCUUACCAGGCAAGCAUGGAACCGACUUUUUAUACCCACAUAAAUUCCAACCAAGUGAGCAUAGAACCAACUUUUCAAGCCAAUAAUUCAUUUCAGACAAGCAAUAGACCAGUUUUUCAUGGUCAUACUUCAUCUCAAAGUAAUACAGAAUCAACUUUUCUGGGUUAUAAUUCAUAUCUGACAAGCACAAAACCACCCUUUUAUGGAAAUAAUCCAUCAACGCCAACCAUUGUUGCUAAUAACCCUAAUAACGAAGCUCUGGUUCAAUCAACCUUUUGGGAGCAAAACUUCCAAAACACAAUGGCUGAACCAACAUUUCGUGCAGACAUUUCUAAUGGGCCUUUAUUAGAAGCAUCAAAGGAAGAUGAUCCUUUUGGAUCAUCAUGGCCAAGUUCUUUGACCAGGAAUGAGGAUGAUGCCAUCAACAAAUCAUCAAUGCAGAAACUAAGUUUAGAGCAACAGAAGCAGAUCUGGUUGGAGCAACAAAAAAGGAUCAUUGAAAAGCAUUUGAAUUGA